AUGCUUCAAGCUCCUGAUAGCCAUCCGCUGAAGUUUUUGCAACUCCACGAGUUGGCCAAGUUGGCCGUCGCUCCUGCUCCGGUCGCUGAAGCCCUGCAGCUCACGAUUUCGGAGAACGAGUUCACAAGCUUUCGUGACGCUCAGAGAAUGCCAUAUGCCUCGUCUGCCAUACUUCAAGCUUCUGAUGAGCCAUAUGUCGAACUGUAUGCCCACAUGGAGUUUUUCAACUCCACAAGCUGGCCAUCCCCCGCUCUCGGCGCUGAAGCCCCGCAAAGCUGGCGUGCUCGCAGCUCGCAGCAUCACCCAGCUUACAGGCUUCUGUAUUCUGAGCAGGCUGAAACACUCUAA